CUCUCUCUUUCUCCUGCAGCCGCCGCCAUGCCUACUAAACUAAGGAAGACCAGGAAGCUGCGUGGACAUGUCAGCCACGGACAUGGCCGUAUCGGCAAGCACAGGAAGCAUCCUGGUGGGCGCGGUAACGCCGGUGGUAUGCAUCACCACAGAAUUAACUUUGAUAAAUACCACCCUGGUUACUUUGGUAAAGUCGGCAUGAGACAUUACCACUUAAAGAAGAACCAGCACUUCUGUCCCACAAUCAACCUGGACAAACUGUGGACUCUGGUCAGCGAGCAGACCAGGCUGAACCACGCCAAGAAACCCGAUGGACCAGCUCCAAUCAUUGAUGCCGUACAUGCGGGCUAUUACAAGGUGCUCGGUAAAGGGAAGCUCCCCAAACAGCCAGUGAUCGUAAAGGCAAAGUUCUUCAGUCGACGUGCGGAGGAGAAGAUCAAGGGAGUCGGCGGCGCUUGUGUACUAGUGGCAUAAAAGUUGCUGGAAACGACCAUUAAAGAUACGUUCUGUA